AUGCACGCCUUCCAGUCCGCCAGCAGCCGGUAUUCUCCGAGAGAGAUUCGCCACCUAGCAUUCUUGGCUGAAUUUUCGACCGACAUCCAGUACGUUAGGGGGUGCCGCAACGGUCCUGCCGACGCCCUCAGUCACAUUUCCUCCAUUCCAACCGUCACUGACCCCACGUCGCCUGACGUCAUAGCCGAAGCCCAAGCCCACGACAAGGAGCUUCGCCUUUUGCGCCUCCGCCCGAGCUCCUCGCUGAAGCUGUUGGAUUUACCUGUACGCGGUUCUUCCCGCACCACUUGCUGCGACACCACCACGCCCCGGCCAAGACCCUUCGUCCCCGCCCCCCUCCGACGGUCACUCUUUGCUGCGCUGCAUAACCUUUCCCAUCCUGACAUCCGCGCGUCUCGUAGCAGACCGCUAUGUGUGGCCUUCGUUAAACAACGAGGUGCGAACCUGGGCACGUGCCAGCCUGCGCUGUCAGCGAUCGAAAACUCACCGCCACACUGUGACCCCACUAGGACGUUUCGCUCACCCCGACGCCCGCUUCGACAUGGUCCACCUGGACAUAGUGGGUCCGCUGCCCCCGUCUCCGGCAAUCGCUAUCUCCUCACCGCCGUGGACCGUUACACUCGAUGGCCACGGGCGUUCCCCAUGCCAGACAUGUCAGCCGAAACUGUCGCCGCCACCUUCUUAUCUAUGUGGAUAUCGCGUUUUGGCGUACCCUCCCAAAUCACAACUGACCGGGGGCGGCAGUUCCAAAGCCAGCUCUUCAUCGCUUUCGCUACCCUCCUCGGCACCACCAGGCCGCGCACAACAUCCUAUCAUCCGGCGUCUAAUGGCAUGGUGGAACGUUUACAUCGCCACCUCAAAGCCGCGCUCAUCGCCCACGAAGACAGAGAUCGCUGGGUCUCCCAUCUCCCUCUCGUACUCUUGGGUAUUCGUGCCGCCCUUAAGCCGGACCUCGGAUGCAGUUGCGCCGGCCUCGUCUACGGCUGUUCGCUCCGCCUCCCCGCAGAGUUCUUUUGCCCGUCGAAACCCGACAUCUCACCUUCGGCCCUCCUUCAGCGCCUUCAUCGCUCUUUCAACAUUAUGCGAGCAUCCCCGUCGAGAGCUGUAUCCCACCAUAGCCCCAACAUCCCCCAAGACCUGCCUACAGUAACCCAUGUGUUCCUGCGGACAGACUCGGUGCGCAAGUCUCUCUCUCCGCCUUACUCCGGACCGCACCCUGUCCUCGCCAGGAACGACAAAACCUACCGCGUUUUGGUAAACGGGAAAGAGGAUACCGUCUUAGUCGACCGACUGAAACCGGCGUAUCUUGAAAACCCCGUCACUGUCGCCUCCUUUGCGCCGGGUUCCUCGUCGUCGAUCGCUCAUAACAGCCACUCCUCUGCACUCGGCCGCUCUAAGCAUGUCUCAUAG